CGGACUCGUAACGUCCGCUAAGCAGCUCUGCCAGACUGGUUAUGCAGAGAGGAUCUUAAAAGCGUGCUUUCUGCUGCUCGUAAGCACUUAAGUGCUGUUGUAGAUCUCAUGCCUUCAGUCGUAUCCCUUGCUGCUUCACGGUGGCGGAGCGUGCCAGGAGCUGUGAAGCACGACGGGGUUAGAAAACCCACAGCUUGGCAGGGGAAGGGUGAUACCCUCACCCCGGGGCCCUGGGGAGAUUUCUGCCAUUGCCUUCAAUGGAGCUAGGGCUUCACAGCUGCAGAGUUCUCCUAGUGACGGUUUUGCACAAAAAUGCAGUCCCCAGCACAGCCCCAGCUGUCCUGGGAAGCUUAGGGACGCGUGCCCCUCAGUCAGCAACUCCAGGACCUCGGUACUGUCAACAGUCAUGCGGUAUUAGCCCUUUCACAGCCAGGAGUACUGCAGCGUGUUGCUAAAGCUGGUGUUGAGGUAUUUUAGUACCCCUUGGACUCCAUUUCUUUCCUAACAUGGAGGUGGUUCAGUCAGCCUCUACAGAAUUGACUGGCGCUGAAAAAUCCUUCAAGAAGAUACCCAGCAUCCUUCUGGACAGCCUAGUGGAGGAACCUCAAAAAAGAUAUGCUGUCCCCAAUCACCUGCUGGAAUCAAAGAUUUAUUCAAAACUUCGGAGGAAUGAGGUCAUACAAGCUGAGCCUGCUGUGUUACACUAUGGAGGGUAUGAAAUUGGAAGACAUCACCAACAGACGCUAAAGCUGAUAAAUAUUUCUGGUGAUGUAAUAAACCUUCACAUUAUACCACCCCAGACAAAGUAUUUUCAGAUCAAAUACAACAAAACGCACCGGCUUGUCCCUGGCUUGUCAUUUGCAGUUACUGUUGACUUUUGUCCUGAUGAGUGGCGAUAUUACUAUGACUGCAUCCGAAUUCACUGUCAGGGAGAAGAUACAUUACUCAUUCCUAUGCAUGCCUACCCUGCUGUGAAUGUUGUAGAAUUUCCAUCGUUUAUAAAUCUGUCUGAUGUAUCAGUUGGUCAGAGUAAGGAAUAUGUUAUACCUUUGCAGUGCAGCUGUCCAGUAGAUUUUGAAUUCCACAUUGAUUUCAUUCAGCGUCACAAAGCCUUCACUGUCCAGCCAACAUAUGGAAUAAUUCCAGGCAAUGGGAAAGUGGAAGUAACUGUGAAAUAUUCUCCACUUCAGUAUGGAACAGCACAUAUGAAAAUGCAGUUAUGGAUUUCACAGUUUCACUCAAAACCCUAUGUAUGUGUAUUCACAGGAACAUCAACACCCCAUCUGGGUCUAAUAAAAGAAGAAUUUGAAAAACAAAGAAGUCCUUUGAAGAAAAAAGCUGUAUCUGCAGGAAAAUCGCUGGUGUGGAGAAGAGACCAGUCCAGCCAACCACGAUCCAAGCCUAUUGAAAAAGUAAAGGAAAUUGAAUACCAAAACCUCAGAUUCCCCACAGACUUGUCAAAUCCAUAUGCUGUGGCAACUGUUUUGAAUCAGGAACCAGGCAAAUUGAAGAUUAAGGACUUGAAAGAAGUCCUUCGCCAAGGCAAUGAAGGGACAAAAACAAGACAGAUGAAGGAAGCUGUAUUUGAACAAAAAGUUAAACAAGCUGUGCAAGAAGAGAAAGCGAAUCAUCUGAAGUGGCAGGUUCAUAAAGGCAAAGAUCCGAUGUCUAUGAAAUUUAAAAAAGAGAUUAUUGAAAAUCGACAGAGGGAAGAAGAACAAUACAAGAUCCAAAGAGGAGAUCCUAUCAUAGAAAAGGAGUUUCAAAGGACCAAAGUAGAAGUUUCUUUCAGACGUGUUAUCCGGCCUGUUGAGCAGUGUCCAGAUGUCCAUCCCACAUUUGACUUGCUCCGUAAUGACCUUUGGGACAAGAGAAACAGGAUGUUGAGGAAAUUCCAACAAGCAGCAUACAAGAUUCUGAUUCAGAUUCGACUGAAUCGUUUGCUGCUUUUGUUCCGUGGGCUGAACAGAGAAGCCAGAGGGUUGAAGGAAGGCUCUGUGUCUGAAAAUGGGAGUUUCAGCAAACCAGAGAAGAGUGAAGAGUGUAAGGGCAUUUCUUCCAGCAUAUCUGAAGAUCGUAUAUUACCUUUUGAAUUCCCCACUUACAAUUCCCUCCAGUUGCGCUGUGAUUUGGCACCUGAUGCUCUUGGCCCAGUUCCUGUCAAAUCUGCAGACGUAAAAGUGAGACACAUUCUUCCCUAUUACGACUUGAAGGUUCCUCAGCAUUUCCGCAUUAUGAGGUAUCAGCCGUUUUGUACACACCAUGCAGCCACAAGUUACAAACCUCAAAAACUUUCCCGACCACUGAGGCAGGGAGCCCAGGAUGAGUUGAUUCAAGUAGUUGCUUCUCCUGAGAGACAGCUUAACUUGACCUCCCAGAAGAUGGAUUUUCAUGAGCAAUCUCCAGAAGAAGUAGCAGAAAGGGACAUCAGCCUCUUAAAACUGGUUCCUCCCCAAGCUUUAGUCCACCCCCCUGAGAGCAGCCCACUUCGUAUUUUUAACCCCACUCCAGGUUUAUUUCCCAUUUUACCUCCUUUGCCCUAUUCUGAAACAAAUAUUGAAUAUCAUCUUUGUCCUCAUCCAAAAUAUACCUUUACCAAGGAAUGCCCCAAAGGAUCCAGCAUUCCAAUCACACAAAGGAAAUUUCUGCAUCACAAGGAAGUGAUUCGUGGAGUAAUGAGCUGGAGAAAAUUUUUGCCAGUGGUGUAUUCUACCUUUUCUAACACUCCCACAUUGACAAGUACAACAUCAAGGGAUCCUUACAGUUUGGAUAUGCUUCCAAGAGAUGUACCACCAAAGCUGGAUGACUUACCUGAGAGAGACAGGGAAAAUAUAAGUGACUAUGAGACAGAUGAAACUGAAUUCAAAGUGAUACUUACUCCAGACAUGGUAAGAGCUGAAUUUCCACAAAUUGAACAGCUGCCCUCAGAAGAAGGCAAAGAGAAAUCAACAAAAGAAGAAAGUGAAACAGUGCUGGAUGGUGCUUUUUCUGGAGACCCACACAACUAUCCAGAGGGACAUUUUCAACCCCAGAACGAGAGGCUAAGGGAGAAGGUUCAAAAACAUGUGGAGAAAAUGAAGCUGAAUGCAAUUAAUAAAACCCUAAUUCUGGAAUAAGAGUACUUUUAUGAAUUCCAUGUUUUUUUACUGCUUAUCCUGUUAAUGUUCGAGGCCUCCUGUUCAACUACAUGAACUUGCAUUCAGUGAGGUCAGCAACUUCUUGUGCAAAGAGAGGUGAAGCACCAGUCGUGCCAUCUCUGUCAAGGACUCUCACUGUGUAUGUUGCCCCAAAUAUAGUAAUUGCUGCAAUGGAAUUCCCCAGCAAUGUGCCUGCUCAUUUUUUACUGAUGUGAAGGACUGGAAAACUACAGUGCUACCAUGUAAACAGUUUGAUGUUUUGUAUACAGCCUACUCUUUUCAAAUAAACAGUGAAAAGUU